CAUGGAUGCAUGGUGCAAUUUUUUUGUGGCAGGUAUUUGGUGCUUCUUUGAGCCAAGCGUAGACUAGUUGAGGUAGAAGUAGACGUAGCGGGAGCUCUGCAGGUAAUAGGCGACUUUCUGUCUCAUAGUUGACUACACGAGCUGGCUGCUGCUUUGUUUCGUUCGUGCAGAACUGCUCUCACGACAUCAGCCAAGCAAAAGGUUACAUCUAGGAACUCCUUGCAGUUUUCACCAUUUAGAAUGAGCAGUCAGUUUGAGAAGGUGAACUCGACGGACUUAGACCCCGGAGUUCGGGUGAGUAAAUAUCGAUCACCACGCACUGGCUUGACAGUAUGCGUUGCUGAUGUUCCUGGCCCAGUUGUCAAUGGAUUCUUUUGUUUGGCCACUGAAGCUCAUGAUGAUGAUGGCUUGCCGCAUACAUUAGAACACUUAGUGUUCCUGGGCAGUGAGAAGUACCCGUACAAAGGUGUGUUGGACUUGCUGGCUAACCGGUGCUUUGCCCGUGGCACAAAUGCGUGGACUGAUGUGGAUUAUACAUGUUACACGUUGACGACAGCUGGCAGUGAAGGGUUCCUUCAGAUCCUUCCUGCGUACCUGGACCACAUUCUCUACCCGACACUAACGGAUGAAGGCUACGUCACCGAAGUGCACCACAUCACUGGCAGCGCUGAAGAUGCAGGUGUGGUGUACUGUGAAAUGCAGGCACGUGAGAACACAAUGAACGAUCUGACUGCACGGGCUAUGCUGCGUGCCAUGUACCCAGGUCACUGCGGUUACAAGUCAGAGACGGGUGGCAUCCUAGAGAACUUACGUGUCAGCACAUCAAACAAGAAAGUACGUGACUACCACCACGAAUUCUAUCGUCCAGAGAACCUGUGCAUCAUUGUGACUGGGCAUGUGGAGGUGGAGGCGCUCUUUGCUGCCAUUCAACCAUUUGAGGAUAGGAUCUUGUCGAAGGGAGAGCGUGGUUCGUUCCAGCGUCCCUGGCAGACACCGGUACCUGCACUUGAAAAGAGUGUGACACGGAAAGUUCCCUUUCCAUCCGAUGAUGUGUCCUCCGGUACGGUGACAGUGUCGUGGAGGGGGCCCAGCGCCUCCGAUCAACGCACUCUAGUGGCAUUGCAAACCCUGUGGGAGUACUUGACCGACUCUCCUGUUGCACCGCUCCAGCGUGACCUGGUGGAGAUUGAUGAGCCGUUUGCAUCUUCGCUGGAUUUCAGCCUGACUGAGAAUGCGGAAACCUGUAUGACCGUGUCCGCGGAGAAUGUACCAACGGAGCAGUUAGGUGAAGUCUAUGAUCUGAUCAUGAAAGUCCUGGAUGGGAUUUCAUGUGGCCGUGAGGAAAUGGAUAUGUCACGUAUCGGCUCGCUAAUCAACCGCAGUUGUCUUGACAUGCUCGACAAGCUGGAGGACAGUCCACACAACACUCUCGCAGACAACUUCAUUGGCGACUUUCUCUAUGGCCAAGCAGCCGGGGACUUCACCCAGCGAAUGGAGCUUGUUGCCACCUUGAAGUCUCUUCAGGGUGAAACCUGUCAGUUCUGGCAGGCUUUGCUGAAGAAGUUCGUCAUUGGCACUCCGUAUGUGUUGGUGAUCGGUGAACCUAGUGCACAGCUGGCUGCUCAGUUAGCAGAAGAAGAAGAAACUCGAGUAGCUGCACAGCAUACCACUAUUGGUGAGGAUGGCCUGGGUGCAUUGCAAUCUGCACUCGAUGCUGCAAAGGCCAAGAAUGAUGUAGAAGCACCGCAGAGCAUGCUUUCAUCGCUGUCAAUCCCAUCAAUCAACUCCAUCUCCUUCCACAGUGUAUCCAUCAGCACUAAUAAUCCACGUCGUCAACUCGCCACCUCACCUGCCUGGGACCUGGCAUCCCUUCCACUGGUCAUGGAGGUUGAUAACAUCAGGACAUCGUUUGUUGAAGUCGUUGCCGUGCUGGAUACAGCGUGUCUCUCUGAUGAGCAGCGUCUGUAUCUACCGCUCUACCUGGAGGUCCUAUUUGAGUCGCCCGUGGUACGCAAUGGAAAGGUCAUUGAUUACGAGCAGGUGAUCACUGAGUUGGAACGGGAUCUGCUCAACCAAGGUGCUGCUCUUGGUUUCUACUGUGGCUCGGCGUUCCGCUGUGGCUCGUUUGGUGAGCUUGCUGUUGUCUCAGUCAAGACAGAGAUGAGCAAGUAUGCGAUUGCUGUACGCUGGCUUGAAGAGCUGCUUUAUGCUGUCAAGUUCACCAAGUCGCGAGUGCGCUCAGUGGCCAAGAAGAUGAAGAAGGAGAUUACGGAGCAGUUACGAAGUGGUGGCAGGGUUGCUAAAGUCUUAGCCCGUCAUAUCAACUUCCAGUCUCGCAGCAAUCACAUCAAUUCCAGCAUGCUUAGCCAGCGUGCCUUCCUCAUCUCUCUGCUUCGCCGACUGGACAGUGAAGCUGUAGUGGUCUGUUCAGAGCUGGACCAGCUUCGCUGCUUACUGGCUCGUCCAAGUAACACCGUUGUCCGGGUUGUCACCAAUGUGCAAAAACUGCAAGAAGUCUGUCCUGAUCCGCUCGAGCCAUGGCGCAGUUUCAUCGCCAGUUCCAGUUCUUCCAGCAGCCCAGCGCCGACUGCACCUCCAUCGCCACCACCAGUCGUUAUGCAGUCGGCCGCGUUCGUUCAGCCGUAUGGCACACCUGUAUCUGCUAGCCAAGUCUUCAGCAACCCUAAUGUUAUCUUAGGACUCAAGUCGGAGGAGUCAUCGUAUCUUGUGCAGACCUGCCCUGGCAUCACUGGAUUUGACAACGCGGAUACCAUGGCUCUGCAGGUGUUUGUUGAGUACCUUAUUGCCAUGGAGGGUCCUAUGUGGCGCUUGCUACGCGGUGCUGGCCUCAGCUACGACUACAAUGUCACAAACGCCUCCGAGUCAGGCUUGCUGUACUUCAGCCUGAGCAAGUGCACUAACCUGCUUGCUGCAUAUAAAGAGGGCAGACGCCUUCUACUGUCCUACGCCGAUGGUGAGGCUGAGUUUGAGAGUGUGAAGGUCGAGGCGGCCAUUAGCAGUGUGGUCUUUUCCUUGAUUCAAGAUGAAGAAGGCGUGUUUGACGCUGCUGAGCAAGCCUUCAUCAACUACUACCGCCAGGUACCUGUUGACUUCCAGCGUCGCCAGUUGCAACAGGUCGUCCAAGUCACCCAGGCUGACAUGAGACGAGUUGCUGCCAAGUACUUCAAGCCUCUCUUUGAGCCGGCUACGUCUCGCUGUGUUAUUUGCUGCAAUUCGAGCAAAGUGGAGGAGAUCACGACCGGUCUCUCUGAGUUCGGAGUCAAUCUGGUGAGCCUGCCUGGUACUGACAAACUGGUAUAGAGAGAGAGAGAGAGAGAUGUCUCGUGACGUAGUACUAGCAGAGCGCCAUGCUGCGUUUGUUAUGUAUAAUAUUGGUCCCCUUCACGUUGCCUUUGCCUUUAUGUAUUUUCUGGUUCAAAGUAUGCCUUUUGUUUGCAUCCUUUGGUUAGUGCAACUUACCUGUAUUGUACAUGUAAGUGUGGUAUUAUGCAAGCCUUCAAACCUUUACAAGUAUGCAGUGUGUGUGUGUGUGUGUGUGUGUGUGUGUGUGUGUGUGUGUGUGUGUGUGUGUGUGUGUGUGUGUGUGUGUGUGUGUGUGUGUGUGUGUGUUGUGUGUGUGUAUAGUGUGUGUAUAGUGUGUGUAUAGUGUGUGUAUAGUGUGUGUAUAGUGCUGGUCAUGGUGAUACCUUCAAUAAUGUUCUACUCAGAGAGAAUUUCAUUCUAUAUUGGGUUAAAACUCUUUCUUUGUUGGGUUUUUUUAUAAUCUUAGUAUACUUAACAAAGUAUGGUGCCUAACAGCCCUCAUGUGUUUCAACUUUGGUUUAGUCAGGCAUUUUGUUAGUAGAUUGUAGAGAAAACCUUCUUGGCAAAACUUCCCUUGUGUUCAGCCUACUUUCUACGUUUUGGCGGCUGUGCGCUUUCCCUAUCAUGUUGCCUUUGCAAUGAUCCAUUCCUAUUUUGCAAAGUUACGGAAUGAUAUUUGCCCAAGAUUUUCAUUGUGUGCCUUUGUGUAUUUUCCAAAGUUAGUAAUGUAACAUUGUGUUGCUGUUGAUCAUUGAUACCGCAGUGUCACCUUUACUGGUUUUCCUGUGCUGUUUUUGUGCACAUUCUACUCUAGCCGGAUACAGCUGUACUGUACAUAGAGCGGAGCCUCCAGCAUGUA